AUGGCUGACACAAACAGUAGCAUCUCACUGCCACAAACCCAUGAACCAAACCCCAUUAUUGAGCCACUCUUGCAUGCCCUUGACCCCGUAUCUCUGAUCCUCAACCAGAAUUCUCAUUCAGACCAACCUUUCCCUCUAAGGCUAACCUCUGCAUACAACUUCAUCAUGGAGAGAGGUCCUAAUUACACUGCAUAUGCUGAGCUGAGAGAAACAAGGUUGCAUAUGAAGUGUUUGAUGCAAGAAAAACAACAAGUGCCUCAAGAACUGGAACCAACAAAACUUGCCACCACCCCUCCAAGGAAAAAACAGGUAGAGUUUCAAGCUUGUGAAGGAAACUCAAAAGGGUUCUUUGUUGCUCACUCUGUGCCUGAUUUUUCUGCUGCUUUGAGGAAAGAGAAUAAGAAGCCUGUGAGCAAUUUGCCUUCAAGGAUGGAGAUGACACCCCCACCAAGCAAGAGUGGAAAUGGGUUGUUGUUGAGUUCAAGAGGGAGCAAGUCAGCUAGUGGAGGUGAGAAGAAGAAGGGUGGUGGAGGUGUUCUGAUGGCAAGGAAGAGCUAUGCUUGCAUUGAUGAGCUUAAGAGUUUUUCUUCUGCUACAGCCAUUGCCAUCAAUGGUGAAGGUAGAAGAGGAGGAGGAGGAAGGAGCAACAGAGUGUUAGGGAAGACAGUUUCAGGGCAUCACAGAUUGUUUUGA